AUGUUUGCCCCUAGCCUUGGCUCGUGGCAAGGUGGCCCCCGGCUCAUGCCCUCCAGAGCAUGGGUCAGGCUCUGGGCCGCGGCACGCCGCGUCCGCCCAGUCAUACCUUACGGCUUGGCGGAGAGGAGCAGUUUGAGCAUAACUGCAGUCCCUCGAAGAAUCCCGCUCAAGGAGUGGACGCUGGUCGUCAGUCCUUUCGGAAGGCUGCAGGCGCGGCUCCCUUGCGACAUCACUGUGAGACCCCUGGACCCUUUCCAGUACCCGAACGCUGACCGGGUGCUGGUCACGGUGAGUGGCGUGGAGGGCGGCGACCUGGACCUUAACAGCAUCCUGGUGAAGUACGACGAGGCUCUGAAGCAGAUGGCCAUCCUCUCGGAGACUCUCGACCACCACGCCUCUGUGGAGGUGAAGGUUCCAUUGAAGUUCGAUUUAAAUAUCAGGACAUCUGGAACUGGCUGUGUAAAAGUCAAGGAAUUUGAAUGUGAUAACUGUAAAAUAGAAACUGAACAAGGGAUCAGCAUUAUAGAGUCAGUUAAGAGUAAAAAACUACAUAUUCAAACAAAAGGUGGCAAAGUGAUCUGUCUGGGAACUAUUCUUGGAAAUGCAGAUAUUUAUGCAUCAGAAAAAAGUACUGUGGAUAUAAAUAAACUACAGGGGAGUUCUGUUAACAUAUCUACUGAAGAUGGUUUGCUGAAAGCUGAGUGUCUGUAUUCAGAGUCAUCCUCUCUGUCUUCUGCUGCUGGGGAUAUUACGUUGGGAAGUAUUCAUGGUGAUUUAACAGUACACAGCAAAAUGGGUAACAUCACAAUAGAUUCAUUAAAUGGAUACCUAAAUGCUUCAACACAUCAGGGUGCCAUAGAUGUUUAUGUCAGCAAAAUGGGGAAUGUGGACUUGAAAUCCCACAAAGGGUCUGUUACAGUCAAAGUCCCAUCCUCUCUCAAAGCUCAUUUGCAACUGUCUGGGAGCAAAGUUGAUGUGAAUCCAAAAAUCACUUUACAGGAAAUGACAGAAGUUUCACAAGACAAUGGCAUAACAAUCAAUGGUCUCCUGAACCAAACCAGUGAAAGUGAAAAAUGGAUCAAAGCCAAUGCACCCAAUGGCACUGUGCAUCUCAAAAGCCAAAGCUGGUUUCAGUCCCUGAGACUAAAGGGCUCCUGAUUGUUUGAACUCUGUUAUAAAUAACAAUCAUCGAACAUCAAAUCACUGAGAAAGUAUUGAUGCCACCAGACAUAGAAACAUUAGUAACGUUAAUUUGGAAAUGAAUGCUGAUUGGGGAAUGAUUUUCUAGGGUUCCACAUUUGUGUUUGGCUGCUAUGUGACACUUCCGGAUGAGUACAUCUCAGCAUCGAUUCAAGCUGUGAAUUAUAAUAUAUGCUACAGACUCUGCAAAAAGUAAUCACUGAUAAAAUGAAAGACAAACUACAAGCAGCAUUCAGCUUAUUGCCUAGUAUACCAAUAUGGGAGGUAUUAUCAUUUUAGAACUGGGGCUAAAGGUUUUUAUGAACUUCCUUGCUUCCAAAACCUAAUUCUCCACUCUUGGAGCAUUCAGUUAAUAUAUAAAACCAGGAAGAACUGUCUACUAGAUGAUAUUUUUCACAAUUAAGAAAAAUCCAUCCUUUAUAAAGAAUCUUAAGGGAAAUAUUUUGGUUUUUUAAUAAAGUUUGUAAAAUAUUGUGACCUAGAUUAAUUUUCUUUUUCCUUGAUAAAUUUAUUUUACAUGUUUCUUUAUCUUCUAGUUUUGUAAAUUAAGAUAACAUCACACAGUUAACAGACACUGAACAUGCUCCUGUUAUAAGACACUUGGCAUUUUUUGAAAACCACUAAGUUGAAGGAAACAUAGAGACAGUUUUCCUUAACUAUACUCAUUCUCAUCCAGGCACGCACACAUUCUGCCUCCCAUAACUAAAAAUAAAAUUUAUAGACUUAGGAAAAGCCAGAAUGGUCACAGACACUAUAGUAACUUGUCUUUGUAUCACAGUUACAUAAGAUACAGAGAGAAAAUAUUACCUUAUGUUCUCCCAAGCCCAUUUUACUUAAGGCUGCAGUUACUAAAUGCUUUUUAAUUUUAAAAAAGUUGGCUAUCCCUAAAUAGUCUCUUAGUACUUCUCACUGAAAACUUUUAAGAUUAACUAAUUCUCUCUAAUGAAAAUUAGCUUUUUGCUCUGCACCCUACUUUUUUUUAUAUAGUCAUUUCUGGAGCCCUCAAUAGUAAAUAAUAAGCAAAGUUCUCUUCUUCUCUUCUUCAACCAACAAUUUGAAUAAGUUCUGUAAGAAAUCCUGCUCCAUUUCUUUUAAGUAAACUGAGUGACUUUCUCCUUACUCUCACCUUCAUUGGCCAUGGUUAAUAAGUUUUCUGUGAAAAGCAGUGCCUAUUUGUACUGAAAAUAUAUGGAAUCCAGAUUGCUAAAGCUAUUUUUUAAGCAAUGCUCAUGUCUCCCUGCCCAGUAGAAAAACAAAAAACAAAACCAAAAAAAAAAAAAAAAAAAAACCCUUCCUAACACCUCAUGAAUUAGUCUUCUAACUUUUUCAGUUUUUCUUUUUUUUAUUUGAAAUUUUUUUCCUUCAGUUUUUCUGAUGAGAAAUUCUACUUUGCUUUGACUUCUCUGAUCAAUACCUAGAAAAAGGAUAUAUACCAUAAAAAAGGAUAUAUCCUAAAUAGAGGAGAGAUUUUUAAAAAAUGGAUAUAUUCACAUGUAAUAUUACUACUAAACUUCAAUGGUUAUGUGAUCUCAUCACUAUGGGGACUUUCUCAUUAUGGGGGUGGGCAGAGAAUGUUUUUUAAAAUUUGGAUAAAUAUUAGAAUAUUACUUUUUCUGAAAUGUGAUAAAUACGGGUAAAAUACACUUUUGAAUCAUUGUAAAAACACAGAUCAUUUGAAAAAAUUAUUAAAGUAAUAUGGAAAAA